CCACUCCAGAAAAUCUCGCUCUCUCCCUCUCUCUCCAUCUCUCUCCCUCUCUUUCAAUACCCUGGAAAAACCCUAAUCUCUCUUUCAAUACCCAGGAAAAAUCCCAUUCUUUUUCUCUGUCAAUACUCUGAAAAAACCCCAAUCUCUCUCUCAAUACCCUCUAAAAACUCAAUCUUUCUAUCUCUCUCUCUAUAUCUUCUCAGCUAUGAAUCCAAGGAGACUCGAAAGAAGCCCUUUGAGAGUCUCAUCAAAGCGCCAUGAAAGGCUCCAAAAAUAUCUAAAACCAGGCGCGCUCGCCCAACUCAGAAACUCCAGAAUCAACUCCAGAUCUAGGCUUCCCCACCUCCAAAGCCUCCACAUUCCAUCACCACCGUCCGUUACCAACAUUGCCGCUCAGAUCGCCGCCAUUGACGCCCUACCUUGCUUUGCCGCCAAGAUCUACGGUCCACGGUUCCCGCAGCGGAAGAAGCUCGUUGCUUCCAAGUCGGUGUUCUUCGCCCCAUCGAGCCCGGCUCCAGAUCCGUCGGAUUCUUUGAUGGAUGUCUUCACUUCUGAUCUUGUAAUCGCUCAUUGAAUCUGAACUAUUUUUGUGUAGAUUCGGCUCGGUUUCUUCAUAGAUCUGAAACUAAAUAAUAAAAAUUAUCAAGUUUCCUUUUU